GCGAGCGAAGCGCAAUGACAUUUCCUCUUUAAAUAACCGGAGCCGGGGCCCCUUGGAGUAAUGGCUGCGUCGGCAGAUUUAAGUAAGUCUUCCCCAGCAAUGAAUGGGAUCCCAUCUUCCGACACAACCAACGAAGCCAUGGACCCCUUCCAUGCUUGCAGUAUUCUUAAGCAACUCAAAACAAUGUACGAUGAAGGACAGUUGACAGACAUUGUAGUGGAAGUGGAUCACGGGAAAACAUUUUCCUGUCAUAGAAACGUUCUUGCUGCAAUCAGCCCCUACUUCAGGUCCAUGUUCACGAGCGGCCUUACCGAGAGUACUCAGAAAGAAGUUCGAAUCAUUGGUGUCGAAGCUGAAUCAAUGGAUUUAGUAUUGAAUUAUGCCUAUACCUCUAGAGUUAUUCUGACAGAGGCCAACGUUCAAGCCUUGUUCACUGCAGCUAGCAUCUUCCAAAUUCCUUCCAUACAAGACCAGUGUGCUAAGUAUAUGAUUAGUCAUUUGGACCCACAAAAUUCUAUUGGGGUCUUUAUCUUUGCUGAUCAUUAUGGUCAUCAGGAACUUGGAGAUCGAUCAAAAGAAUACAUCCGUAAAAAGUUUCUGUGUGUCACCAAAGAACAAGAGUUUCUCCAGCUGACAAAAGACCAGCUCAUAAGCAUACUAGAUAGUGAUGAUUUAAAUGUAGACCGGGAAGAACAUGUUUAUGAAAGCAUUAUAAGGUGGUUUGAACAUGAGCAGAAUGAAAGAGAAGUACACCUUCCAGAAAUUUUUGCCAAAUGUAUACGCUUUCCUUUGAUGGAAGAUACAUUUAUCAAGAAAAUUCCACCUCAGUUUGCACAGGCCAUAGCCAAAAGCUACGGAGAAAAGGGACUCUCCAAAACCAAUGGCUGUACGCAGAGGCUGGGAAUGACUGCUUCUGAAAUGAUCAUCUGUUUUGAUGCUGCACACAAACACUCAGGAAAGAAGCAAACAGUGCCUUGUCUAGAUAUAGUCACAGGAAGAGUGUUUAAACUAUGCAAACCACCAAAUGACCUAAGAGAAGUUGGGAUUCUGGUAUCACCAGAUAAUGACAUUUACAUUGCAGGAGGGUACAGGCCAAGUAGCAGUGAGGUCUCCAUCGAUCAUAAGGCAGAAAAUGAUUUUUGGAUGUAUGACCAUUCCACCAAUAGAUGGCUAUCCAAGCCAUCCUUGCUUCGAGCCAGAAUUGGCUGCAAACUCGUGUAUUGCUCUGGUAAAAUGUAUGCGAUUGGAGGGCGCGUGUAUGAAGGUGACGGGAGGAACUCCCUGAGGUCCGUUGAGUGCUAUGACAGCAGGGAGAACUGUUGGAUGACCGUCUGUGCCAUGCCGGUUGCAAUGGAGUUUCAUAACGCCGUGGAGCACAAAGAGAAGAUCUAUGUUUUACAGGGAGAAUUUUUCCUCUUCUAUGAGCCUCAAAAAGACUACUGGGGAUUUCUAACCCCCAUGACUGUGCCUAGAAUCCAGGGCUUGGCGGCUGUGUACAAGGACUCCAUCUACUACAUAGCUGGAACCUGUGGAAAUCAUCAGCGUAUGUUUACUGUAGAAGCCUAUGACAUAGAGCUAAAUAAAUGGACUCGUAAGAAGGACUUUCCAUGUGAUCAGUCUAUAAAUCCAUACCUUAAGCUGGUACUUUUCCAGAAUAAACUCCAUUUAUUUGUCCGAGCUACUCAAGUGACUGUUGAAGAACAUAUCUUCAGAACCAGCAGGAAAAAUUCUCUUUACGAGUAUGAUGAUAUUGCUGACCAGUGGAUGAAAGUGUACGAGACCCCAGAUCGGCUGUGGGACCUUGGCCGCCAUUUUGAGUGUGCUGUGGCUAAACUCUAUCCUCAGUGUCUUCAGAAAGUACUGUAAUAAGUAGCAGGCCUCAGCACGUCCCUGGCAUCUUAUACUAAGGAACCUUGUUUAGGAAAUACUGUCAACAUUGAUGAAAGCUGAGAGUUUUGUAUACAGAAAUGGGUGCUCGUAAAGAUUGUGGUGUGGGGAGGGAUUUGCUUUUAUCUUCAUGAUAUUUUCAUUUCAGUAAGGAAAGAUAACAAAGUGCAAUUAUCAGCAUUUUUCCACCCCUGGCAUAAAAGUAUCAUUUUAGAAUUUUGUGAUAAAUAGUCCCUGAAAAACCAGGUGAAUCAAGACAACUAUGCACUCUUAAAAAGCAGUUUGAGUAUUCCUGGGUAGAGACAUACAAACUAGUUAACGUGACUUUUUAUUUUAAAUACGGGUAACAAUAUGAGGCAAUAUCAUUUAUUUAGCUGUGAUCUCUCUAACACAGAGAAGCACUAACUUAGAUCCUCAUUCGUACUAUUUAUAUGUAUUUACAUAUCUAUUUUUGUGUACUGUUUUCAAGUGUACAAGAUUUUAAGCUCUGUCAAACUGAAGGAAAACUCAGUCUCAGAAAGAACUUUCAGUCACGUUGUUUCAUAUUCUCAUGUAACUUUAAGUUAAAACUUUGAAGUGGCAGUUUUCUGUCCAUAACUUUUUCAAGUGCUACUGUCUCAUCUUUUAAAAUCCCAGAAAGGGCUCAGAUUUGCAGGUGACUGGUGCUCGUAUAAGUUAAUUCACGUGUAGCUAGACUGGUUUAAAUGGUUUGAGUCUGUGUUUCUCUUUCAGAUUAGCAUGCUAAUUCCAUGGCUGUGGCACUUUGCCUUGUGACUCCGCGAGGUCUGCUCUUUGUGUGAUAGGAUAUGGCCGAUGGCCAUUGGUCGAACUGGAUUCAGUUUUACAAUCCCAAGUUUGCACUAACAUGGGCUGUUUUGUUGCCCAACCUCUUUUUUCCAUCCUCUACUUGUCCAGUCAUUGUUGGUACCAUGAAAGUCAUAAUUGUAUAACUUAUAAUGUGAAGUUUUACACCUACUUUUAAAAUUCUGUUUUCUAGAAAUGAAUCUUGCAGUACUCUAAUAAUUUAGUAGCUUUUAAGGUUCAUAUUACAGUUAUAACCUCUUUAUUUAUUGCACUCAACAUUGGUGAAUAUUUUUAUGUUGAAACACUUGUUCUAGGUGAAGGUAAUGUAGAAGGAAGGAUGAAGGAGUAAACAGAAUCGUAGCUUUCUGUACUGUAGGUUCUAAGGAGCUGUUUAUAUUUAACUGAUAAGUUUCUCAAUUGGUUUGUCCUUCAUGUUAAUAUUCCUAACUAAGUCCAUUUGUACCUAAGGCAAGUAUUUGGAUUGAUAAUGUACUCAUUACUAUGCUUCCUAUAACUGAUAAGUAAUACACACAUAAGAUCAGAGUCUGUCCUCAAUUGGAAGUUUGAUUCUCUUAAAGAAAACU